UCUGGCUCCAGCUCUUCUAGCAUCAUGGCCUUCCACGGCAAGUUCGAGGUCGAGAGUGAGAAGAAUUUCGAUGAGUUCAUGAAGCGCCUUGGUCUCUCCAGUGAUUCGAUCGAGAGGGCACGUAACUUCAAGAUCAUCACGGAGGUGCAGCAGGAUGGACAGAACUUCACCUGGUCCCAGCAUUACUCCGGAGGCAAUGUCAUAACCAACAAGUUCACCAUUGGCAAGGAGAGCGAGAUCCAGACCAUGGGGGGCAAGAAGUUCAAGGCCACUCUGCAGAUGGAGGGCGGGAAGAUAGUGGUGGACUUCCCCAACUACCACCAGACCCUGGAGAUCGUGGGUGACAAGCUGGUGGAGAUCUCCACCAUCGGAGAUGUGACCUAUGAGCGCGUGAGCAAGAGGCUGGCCUGAGCCAUGAGGCCAGGCUCCGAGGG